CCGUUUACUUGUUCAUUUGAAUGAUCUGUUAAUUUGUGUCUAAUGCACCGUUUCUGUAGCAGAGAUGGUAAAGUAUGUGCAGAUAUGCAAACGUAAAGGGGGGGGGUGGUUUCUUCUUUUUCUUUGUUACUGCGUAUAUUAAUCAAAAUGGCUUCUUUGUUUUGUUAAAAGUAGGAAUGCGUCUUUGUUGUGAGAGGGUGCUGAAAGCUUGUUUGGGUUAAAAUUUACUGAUAACAAGAAUUGUAUUCCUUUGUAAACCAAUUGCGAUUAAUGUUGUUCUUUCUUCUGAGUCUGUAAGCUAUUGUUGACGGGCUUUUGGGGAGAUAGGCGUGAGGGGGAGAGAGAGAGAGGACGUGAUGCUAUAAACUGGGCGAGGAAUGGAUCCCAAGGGGGUCCAAGGCCAGAAGGUACCCCGAGGAGAGGAGACGAGGAUAGAUGUGCUUGGUUGAUCACUUCGGGUGGUCCUGAGUUGCGAGUCGAGGAGUUCGGAGGGGAUCGAAUGGUGGCCAAAAGACUUCAGUAAUUGAGCUCCAACGGUUGUGCACGAAGUGGUUUGGCACCUUUUCUUUAUUUUCUUUUCCUUCAUGUAUACUGUAUGGUUAUUAAUCAGUUAUAGUAAUUUUUAUAAAUUGUAAUCAUUUAAUUGCAUAUGGUGUCCUGUUUGUUCUUUGGCGGGGCGGGGACAUCACACAGCAUCCACCCAAGCUGAUUACCCAGUUUGGCGGGGCCGAAAGCUGCUCCCCCUAGACGAGAAUGAGCUGAGCGAGCCUGAGGUGACCCAAGGAGUUAAAUUGUGGGGUGCUCGUCCGGAUUGAUUUCUGUGGAAGCUGUGUGAUCACCCUCUUUAAAUUAUGUCUGCGGCGAAGAGCUGGUUUGCCUUUGCGGGUGUGCCUUUGCCGGUUAUCUCUACAUCUGUGUUGGGGUGGGGUGGCUUUUGGUGCCCCGGAGGGCGUUGAUCGAGUUUCGACUUGCGUUGACGAAAUGGUGGAGGGGCCAUGGGCUGUCUAUGCUGUUAAGAGAGUGGGGAAGGGUUGGUGGGCUCCGCCCGGUUGUUGGAAUAACGUCCAGUCCUAAAGAGGUGGAGGCGUGGGCGGAGCGGACCCUUCAGUUGUUGGGUGAGUGGCAGUGCUUGGCUGAGAGAAGGCGACAGGGAUUGGUUGAAAGUUUGAGUAGGCGGGCUGGUGACUUUGUUAGGACUGUCAGGUACAAUUACCCCGAAGUGACAGCUACCAGUUCUGGGAAAGUGUGGGAAAAUGCGGUUGGUUCGACUGGAAGUCAAAUGCCGGUGCUGGGCGGCUUAUCAUAUCCGUGGCAGGAGAUUGGUGGAAAGUUUUUAGGGUAUCCCUUUUGGCUGGGGGGCAGAUAAAUUGCUUGCGGUGCCAGGGGGAUCUGUCAAAGGGAUCAGCUCCUCCCUCAGUUGUUCAGUUGAUCCGAGAGGUGUUGGGAAACUUAGAGGAGGCCCAGUGGGGGAACGGCUUGGGGUCUCUGGGGGAGCAUGUUGCCAGCAAUGUAGCACGGAACUCCCGAAAGGAGCAGACCCUAUUCCUGAUGGCUUAGAGGGACCACGCACUCAGGUGUCGUUACGGAUGGAUGGAAGCCAAGUUAAAGCCAUCCUCGACACCGGGGCGCCGGUUAAAUUGCUGUACAGUUUGUUUUACAACCGUUAUUGGAAGCGGUUAUUGUAAGGGAACACCCUUGACGGACAACGUUGAGGGCACUGGAGAUUUGGGGUACCAGUGCCGCUGACUAUCUAGACGACGGUUGUUGGUCAGUGAAAAUGGAGUUCUUAGAGGCAAAUGUGGGGGUGACUGAGGUUUGUGAAUCAUUAAUGCUGAUGUGUCCGGACACUGUUGAGAAGGGAAGCGUUUCGGUUCUAGAGAGAACCAAUACCCUGCUGAUGCGCUUGGGGGCCUGCCCGGAGGAGGGGGGUGAGCGUUGUUUGGAGGCAUUGUCGAUGCACCCAGAGUUUCGAGCUGCUUGUGCGGACAUGUGUAGCAGCAUUGGGCCGGUACCGAAUUCAAAUAAGAGCCGGUGGUGGUACAGCCUGAGGGAAGUAUCUGAGGGUGAUUACUGGACGCUGCGACAUACCACGAGGGAGGGGAGUUGACUGCUGAAGACUCCUCGGUGAGAGAGAGGUUGCGGCAACUGGCCCAUGGAAGAUGUAGGCAGCGUGUGUGUGGAUUAUAUUGCGCUGAAGAGGCGCACUGUCAGUGACCAGAAUACGGCCCUGAGGGCCGAAGAGGCGAUGGCCUGUCUGAGUGGUGCGAAGUGGUUUAAGGUGCUGGAUAUGAGGAGUGGAUGUUGCCAGAUCCCGAUGAGUGAGGCCGACAAGGAGAAGACGGCCGUUAUAAGUUCCCUAGGAUUCUUCCAGUCCGAAAAGAUGCCACAGGGCAUAUCCGGAGCCCUUGCAAUGUUCCCGCGGGGCAUGUGGAAGACCCUGGGGGAUGUGGAGGUGCUUGGAGUUUUGGCAGAUGUGGAUUACCUCCUGGUAUUUGGAUUUGCCUCAGGAGAAUAUGAAGUGAGGUCGUUGCAGGAGCGGCUGGGAACUACAGAGUUAAAGUGUUUUCUGGACCCGUGCCAGGGCUGGCGAAGGUCGCAGCUCGUGAGUGACUGUCUCUACGGAAUCAAGUUUGAAAUGAAGACGGAGAGACUGGAGAGAGUGAUCUGGAACCAGUGGGAGGACUUACAAGUUGGAGAAAAUGAAGAGAGUUGUCUGACUGAGGGCAACAGCAAACUGAGAGCCUGGAGAGGGGAGUUUGCGGAGGUGAAGAAAUUGCGGAUGAAUCUCGGAAGAGGGAACCGGACACUUGAAGGGAACCUGAAGAUGACCAUCGACAGUUCAAAUGAAGUGCAAAGCCUGAAAGUCGAUCUGGAGGAAGUCAUGAUGAAGAAAAAGCUGGAGAUAAGGGCAGUGAAUACUGAACUGGAGGCUGACCAAUCUUUAACUGCUGCUUUUUAGGUCGGGGUGGAGGAAGCUGUUGGAGUAACUGCGUCCCAGACUGAGAUGGUCGGGACGCAUGAGUCAGAACUGCUGAGCCUGUGGCGAGAGUUGGAGGGGCCACAGAAGAAGCUGAUCUGUCAAUUGCAGGAGGUUGAAGAGACUGCAGGAGCAGUGCAGGCCACAUGAUUCCGUUUCGAGAUGAUCAAACAGCAGCUACCUAUCGCAGAAAUGAGGAAGAAUACUGAUUUGAAGGAUGAUGUGCUGGAUGUGUGUCUGUAAGCUAUUGUUGGCGGGUUUUUGGGGAGAUCGGCGUGAGGGGGUGAGAGAGAGAGAGGACGCGAUGCUGUAAGCUGGGCGAGGAACGGACCCCAAGUGGGGUCCAAGGCCAGGAGGUUCCCCGAGGAGAGGAGACGAAGAUAGAUGCGCUUGGUUGACCACUUCAGGUGGUCCUGCGUUGCGAGUCGAGGAGUUCGGAGGGGAUCGAAUGGUGGCCAGAAGACUUCAGUAAUUGUGCUCCAACAGUUGUGCACGAAGUGGUUUGGACUUUGAUAAGUUUGGCGUCUUUUCUUUAUUUUCUUUUUCUUCAUGUAUACUGUAUCAUUAUUAAUUACUUAGUUAUAGUAAUCUUUAUAAACUGUAAUCAUUUAAUCGCAUAUGGUGUUGUGUUCGUUCUUUGGCGAGGCGGGGACAUCACACAGCAUCCACACCAGCUGAUUACCCAGUUUGGCGGGGCCGAAGGCUGCUCCCCCUAGACAAGAACGAGCUGAGCGAGCCUGAAGCGACCCGGGGGUUACACAAAGAUAGAAAAUACUCCGUAAAUAGGUUUAACAUUACUGGGGUGUGGAACCACAGACACAAUGCUGGAAGAAUUGUAUGGGUCCAGCAGCAUCAAAGGAGGCAAAAGCUGUUCCAGUUGGAGACCCUGUAUCGGGUCUGGGGGCUGUGUGGUUGGGUGGGGGAAGAAAGAAACAAAACCCAGCCUGCAGUUGUGAGUGUGCAGGGAGGAGAGAAGGGAGCUGAGAACACCUCUUUGUACAAUGUCCUGUGCAUGUUACUCAAAAUGGGUUUUUUUGGUUUGUUAAUAGUAGGAAUGCUUCUUUGAUAAGUGUUUCUCUCGCAGUUAUUUUGCUUUAUACUUGUUGAUAUGGCAAUUGUAUUCAUUUGUUAACCAAUGGGGAAUGUUAUUUUGU